AUGUCAUUGUGCCCAGACGGAAAUAGGUUGGAGGUUCCGCCCGUGCACAUUCGACUUAUCGUACAGCCACCGGCCAGCAGUGGACGGCGGAUCUCUGGUGCCUCAGCUGAAGCCUCCGUCUACGACUACAAUCGGGCCGAGAAAGAUGAUACUCCGAUUGGAGGAGAGGACAGAGAGGCUGACGAAGACUAUGAGAACAGUCCUGGUGGGGUAGGCGGGUCAUCUGUUGGUGAUCAAGAGCCGUUGGCGUGGCGUGAAGAGCUGGUCAAUCGAGAACCUUUGAUCGACAGUGAAUUCCUGCCCAGUGCCUAUGAUGAGUCGGAUGCCCGCAAGUCUUUCUGGAUUCCAGAUACUCUCCUGACAGACACAAAGGCAGCAACCAAUGGGGAAGGCGGAAACAACCCCACCCAAGUUGAGUACCAGGUUGGACAACAGGAGGAGGUGCUUCUGAGGGGAGCUGAAGAGGUGAUCACUCACCAGCCCGUGCCGCAGACAGGCAUUCCACUUUUCCCGGACCUGAAAUUCCUUCUCUCAUCUCCGUCUGGUAAGCACGGAGAGGUUAUUUUCCCACUUUUGCCAGCCGACACUUUCAGCCGAAGUUUAUAG